CCGGGACACACUUUCCAGCAUCCCACUCACGCAACGCGCAUGUCUGUUUCUGUCUUGGUUGGUAAACAUAACACUGCAUGACCCACUCGUCGCAGUCCACUCAAUCAGAAGCUGUUGCAUAAGGUGUGACCAUGUGGAAGUCAUUCUCCCAUUUUCUCAAACAGACUGGCUACGGUGUGGCUCAGGAUGGCCUCACUGCACAUCAAGAGGACACGCCCACUGAAGAUGGGAAGGACGGGGACGUUUCCCAGUUUCCAUAUGUGGAGUUCACGGGACGGGACAGUGUGACGUGUCCUACAUGUCAGGGCACUGGAAGAAUCCCCAGAGGACAGGAAAAUCAACUUGUGGCAUUGAUUCCAUACAGUGACCAAAGGCUUCGCCCCAGGAGGACGAAGUUGUAUGUAACCGCGUCGGUUGCAGUCUGCCUGCUGCUGUCUAGCCUGGCCGUCUUCUUCCUCUUCCCUCGAUCCAUCGACGUGACCUACGUCGGGGUGAAGUCUGUUUACGUCAGCUAUGACCAAGACAAGCACAGCGUCUAUCUGAACAUCACGAACACGCUCAAUAUCACCAACAACAACUACUAUUCAGUGGAGGUGGCCAACAUCACAGCUCAGGUGGAGUUUGUCAACACUGUGGUUGGAAAAUCUCGCAUCAGCAACGUCACUGCCAUUGGACCUCUGGACAUGAAACAGAUUGAUUAUAUGGUCCCCACUGUCAUAGAGGAUGAGAUGAGCUCCAUGUAUGACUACUGCACUCUACUAAGGAUCAAAGUGCACAACAUAGUCUUGAUGAUGCAAGUGACGGUCACCACCACGUACUUCAGCCAUGCUGAGCAAGUCUCACAGGAGAUGUACCAGUAUGUCGACUGUGGAGGGAACACCACUUCCAACAGUGGAAUGACCAAACCAUUCAGCAUUCCUCAUCCAGAGUAACACCGCCUCAAUCAUGAUCAUGAGGGAUUAUAAUAAUUAUAAUUAUAAUGUUCACUUUAUUUGCUAUUUAAAGAAACUACAGUUAAGUAACCUCUCGCCACUUUGUGUUUCGAAUUUCACAGUUUCACUCGAUCACGUUUUUUUCAAAAAUAUAUUCAGAAAUCAUUGCUUUUUUUGUGGUUGAUUUUAGUCAAAAAUAUGCAUAUUUAAGUCAAUUCUACAUUUUUUUUUUUUUACCUAAAGUGCCAAGCAUAAAAAUAAAUGAACUAAAGGCACUAAAGGCAUUCAGAAGGCGGCUUCAAAGAUGUUGUGAUGAUAUGUAGUAGUCUACACUGGUCACUAGGUGUCACUAAGGUUACAUUGACGAGACAAUAGUCACCGCAGGAAGUACUGUACAAAACAGGAAGGUAACCAAAAAAAGGACAUCAACAAGGUACUCUCCCAAUGCUAACGUGUGAGUCUAUAUUAUGUCUACUAUAUUGGGGUAAUAUGAGUGUGAAGGAGACUAUGGGGUGUUAUGUCAUGUCUAGAGGGCUCCAAUAAUGUUUAAAAAAACCUGAUUUAGAAGGUCUGAUUGGUUAAAGUUCUAAGUGGCUGUACAAUUUGAGUUUGUGACAAGACUGUUUCCAUUCAUAUGUUCUUUGCUUUAUGGUUUGUUUGCUGUAGUAAACAUGACAGAGACAGGUUCUUUAAGUAUAAAAGAAGGUGUGUAAAUCCAAUGUUGAUUAUGCGUACCUACCAAUAAUGCACUUUAUAAGUAACUGUAAUUUGCACUCGUAACUCUAAAGCUAAUUCCUUAAGCACAGUACUGUGUUGGGCACAUAUUGUUGCAUAGUUGGACAAUGGAAAUACUGUUGCAGCAUGAAAACAGGGGUGAACCGUAUUUCUUUCAAUGCACGCUUUGUGAUUUGUGUAGUACCUUCUUAUGCUGUAUUUUCAUUUUGGCUCAAGGCUAUCGUUUGGAGUACUUAGAACUGACUGUAGGUUCAUCGAAUGUGUUCUUUUUUUGCAGUGGGAUUUCCUUUUUCCAAACAAAGGAGAAAAAUGUUAGCAUGCACAAAAUGUCAACAUGUUGGGGGGGGGGGAAAAUCAUUUUUUACCACAAUUCUAUAAAUGACUGAAUUGUAACCUCUAAACUAUUUUAAAUACAUUCAUACAUUUUCCAUAAUAAUUUUUUAGACAAAAGUAAGUCAGCGAUCCUGUAACACUUUGUAUUUUCUCAGCAAUGUUGUCAAUGACAACAUUUUGUUCUUUUUUAAAAUCUUAUCCUGUACCUUAUUUGCUCAAUAAACUACAUUUGAAAACAAACUAAAUU